UUCCAGUUCUCGCUCUCUCUCACUGUUGCAACCCUUCAUCCUCCUCUCUGCAUGUGAUGGCCUCUCUUUAUUCAUCUCACUGGGCCACAUCAUCCAGAUAAAGAAAAGGACCAAGUAUUCAUCUUUCUUUGUGAACUUUUUGGGAUCCGUGGGAUACUUUUUGGGAGACCUGGAUUUCCACCAGUCGUCCAGUGCAUCGGCGUGUCUAUUCCCGUUUCCCAGGAGAAGGGUGAAAGCAUGGGCCUGGUCUGGAUAACAGUGGCUGUUUUACUUCUGUUUUUGAAAUUUGUGAACUGCUCAGGAACUGCUAAAGAAUGGACAUAUGCAGGUGCUGUGGGCCAGUCAGAAUGGGCUGAAUUUUUUCCUGACUGUGGUGGCUCUAGUCAGUCACCCAUAAAUUUGGAUACAUCUCACACACUGCAUGACCCAACAUUAGUCCCCGUGCAGCCCCUGGCAUACAACCAACCUGGCAAUAAGCCCUUCAUCCUCUCCAAUAAUGGCCAUACAGUACAGAUGACACUGCCGCGUUGGAUGGGAGUGGCUGGGUUGCCAUUGCAUUACAGUGCUGUACAGCUGCACUUGCACUGGGGUAAUGGAGUGGGCGUGGCCACUGGGAGUGAACACACAAUUAAUGGGCUGAGCUCUUCAGCAGAGCUCCAUAUUGUACAUUACAAUGCAGAGUUUUAUGCAAAUAUGACAGAAGCUAAGACACAGGAGAACGGCCUGGCUGUAUUAGGGGUUUUGAUUGAGGCAGGUGAGGAGACUAACCAGGCAUAUGGUAGGAUUCUCAACUAUCUGGAUCACAUCCGAUAUGCAGGCCAGCAAGUAGCUAUCCCUGCGUUUGAUGUAAGGUUACUGCUGCCCAAUGACUUGGGCCAAUAUUUCCGUUACAAUGGCUCACUCACCACUCCACCCUGCCACCAGAGCGUCCUCUGGACCAUCUUCAAUGAGAGGGUUAAAAUCUCUCACUUACAGCUGAUGAAAUUAGAGACACUGCUGUUCUCCAGUAAGGCAGAAGCGGCCGAGCCCACAGCUCUUCAGGAUAACUUCCGUGUCACCCAACCACUUAACAACAGAACUGUCCUGUCCUCUUUCAUUCAUGUUUCGGCUAAAAUGUAUACAACAGGUGAAAUCAUAGCCAUUGUGAUAGGAUCUCUGUGUGGAUGUGUAGGGUUGGCUGUUAUCAUCCGCUUCAUUGUGAAAACCAUUCGCUCAACGUCGAGCUGGGAUGUCCUGCCAAGUAUCCGACCUGCACCUCAGCACAGUACAAAAGAUAUGGCAAAAGAACCCAAACAGGAUAUGGCUUUAAAGACGACCUCUGACCCAACAAAUCCAGAGGAAGCUACUCCUCAGCCUGAAACUUGACACUAAACCUUCCAUGUGUAUCAUGACCUUUUUGUCUUGAUGAGAAAGCAUAGACUUUGCAUCAGUAUCUCCAACUAUCUUCUUCUCAUCUAUCAGUAAAUCUUUAACUUGUUUUGAAAACAUUCUUCUUAAUUUGCACCACUUUCUCACUUGAGAGACCAGAGUCUCUCUCUCUCUCUCUCUCUCUCUCUCUCUCUCUCUCUCUCUCUCCACACUGUUGUUAUAUAUUAGUUAGGUUUUCUGAAAAUUCCCUCUGUGCUAAUUAUGACUGUGAAUUUCAC